CGGCCGAGGACGGCGCCUGCGCGGUGGGCGUGAUCCGGGCACUUAGGGCAGGAUGAACGCUGCUUUCCAAGAUGGCGACGGAGGGAGGAGGGAAGGAGAUGAACGAAAUUAAGACCCAAUUCACCACCCGGGAAGGUCUGUACAAGCUGCUGCCGCACUCGGAGUACAGCCGGCCCAACCGGGUGCCCUUCAACUCGCAGGGAUCCAACCCUGUCCGCGUCUCCUUCGUAAACCUCAACGACCAGUCUGGCAACGGCGACCGCCUCUGCUUCAAUGUGGGCCGGGAGCUCUACUUCUAUAUCUACAAGGGGGUCCGCAAGGCUGCUGACUUGAGUAAACCAAUAGAUAAAAGGAUAUACAAAGGAACACAGCCUACCUGUCAUGACUUCAACCACCUAACAGCCACAGCAGAAAGUGUCUCUCUCCUAGUGGGCUUUUCCGCAGGCCAAGUCCAGCUCAUAGACCCCAUCAAAAAAGAAACUAGCAAGCUGUUUAAUGAGGAAAGACUAAUAGACAAGUCACGCGUAACCUGUGUCAAAUGGGUUCCUGGUUCGGAAAGCCUUUUCCUAGUAGCCCAUUCAAGUGGGAACAUGUACUUAUAUAAUGUGGAGCACACUUGUGGCACCACAGCCCCCCACUACCAGCUUCUGAAGCAGGGAGAGAGCUUUGCCGUGCACACUUGCAAGAGCAAAUCCACGAGGAACCCUCUCCUUAAGUGGACGGUGGGCGAGGGGGCCCUCAACGAGUUUGCUUUCUCCCCAGAUGGCAAGUUCUUAGCAUGUGUGAGCCAGGACGGGUUUCUGCGUGUGUUCAACUUUGACUCAGUGGAGCUGCACGGUACAAUGAAAAGCUACUUUGGGGGUUUGCUUUGUGUGUGCUGGAGCCCAGAUGGCAAGUACAUUGUGACAGGUGGAGAGGACGACUUGGUGACAGUCUGGUCCUUUCUAGACUGCCGAGUAAUAGCUAGAGGCCAUGGGCACAAAUCCUGGGUCAGUGUUGUAGCAUUUGAUCCCUAUACUACUAGCGUAGAAGAAAGUGACCCUAUGGAGUUUAGUGGCAGUGACGAGGACUUCCAGGACCUUCUUCAUUUUGGCAGAGAUCGAGCGAACAGUACACAGUCUAGGCUGUCCAAACGGAACUCUACAGACAGCCGCCCUGUAAGUGUUACCUAUCGGUUUGGUUCAGUGGGUCAGGAUACACAACUGUGUUUAUGGGACCUUACAGAAGACAUCCUUUUCCCUCACCAACCCCUCUCAAGAGCAAGGACACAUACAAAUGUCAUGAAUGCCACCAGUCCACCUGCUGGAAGCAAUGGGAACAGUGUCACUACACCUGGAAACUCUGUGCCCCCUCCAUUGCCACGGUCCAAUAGCCUUCCACAUUCAGCAGUCUCCAAUGCUGGUAGCAAAAGCAGCGUCAUGGACGGGGCCAUUGCCUCUGGGGUCAGCAAGUUUGCAACUCUGUCGCUGCACGACCGGAAGGAGAGACACCAUGAAAAAGACCAUAAACGAAAUCAUAGUAUGGGACACAUUUCCAGCAAGAGCAGUGACAAACUGAAUCUAGUUACUAAAGCCAAAACGGACCCAGCUAAAACUCUGGGAACAUCCCUGUGUCCUCGGAUGGAAGAUGUUCCUUUGUUAGAGCCGCUGAUCUGUAAAAAGAUAGCUCAUGAAAGACUGACUGUAUUGGUUUUUCUUGAAGACUGUAUAGUCACUGCUUGUCAGGAGGGAUUUAUUUGCACAUGGGCAAGGCCUGGUAAAGUGCCGGCAGAGCAGUUCUGCAGGCAGGAGGACAGAGUGCAAGGUGUUCUCCAAGACCAGAACUAAAGGGCUUGUUGUCAUCCCCAAACCAGGCCAGUUCUCCAGGUGGGACUGUAGUGUAGCAGCUGCACUGCUGCUCCCAGGCUCCCCCGGACACGUGUGGACUGAGGGAGUGACAGACGACAACGGAGCCAUGAGCUGCGCUGGAGCCACAUGCAGGCGGCAGGCAGCGGCAGCCUGUAGGGCUGUGUGGAGCUGCUAACCCAAAGAGUUGCUUCCAUUUUUAAUCAGUCUGUUGGGGCUGCAGUAAAAAAUGAGAAAUGGAGUUUUCUUGCUUUUUACUCUAAAAUUCAAUGUAAUUAAAUCCCAUAUAUAAUAUAUAUACAUAUAUACAUAGUGUAAAGUAAAAUGUUUCUUGGACAAGAAACCUUAAAUUCAACUGUUAUGAAUAGCACUUGGCUCUGGUUUUGCACUGAUCUAUUUUCUACUUUAGGUAGUCACUAGGCAGCCUGGGAUGCACUCAUGAAGACAGUUGUCACCUUCUGACUUAAAUACAUAAUUCAGAAAGACAGAUGCUGCAAUCAUAGAUUAAAAAAACUGUUUGCACUUAAAAUAGUUUAAUGCUAAUAGAAAAUGACUUUGAAUAUGGGGGUAGUGGACUCCCGGCUUCCACCACAUGGAGUGAAGAUGCCCUUUUUAUCUGUUAACGUUUAUUUUAUUACUGUUGUUUCCAAUGCAAUCAAGCCUGUACUAUAUAUGUAAAUAAUGUAAUUCUGAAAUGGGGGAGUUACUUCACUAGUAAUUUUCAUCAUUUAAGAGUGAUAUUUCUAAUUCACAAAAACAUUAAUAUUAAAAUUAUCUUGAAUAUACUAUUUGUUUACCCUUUUUUAA